GGGCGCUGCAGCGGGUGCUGAGGCCGGAGGAGGGACGCGCCGGAGCGGGGCCGCCGGGACUGAGCGAGCGACAGACGCGCCACCCGCCGACGCCGCAGCCGCUUGGGGCCCGCACGGACCCUGUGCCUGAGUGUAGAAUGAGCCAAGGAGACUCAAACCCAGCAGCCAUUCCACAUGCAGCAGAAGAUAUUCAAGGAGAUGACAGAUGGAUGUCUCAGCACAACAGAUUUGUCCUGGACUGCAAAGACAAAGAGCCGGAUGUCCUGUUCGUGGGGGACUCCAUGGUGCAGUUGAUGCAGCAGUAUGAGAUAUGGCGAGAGCUUUUUUCCCCACUUCAUGCACUGAAUUUUGGAAUUGGGGGAGAUACAACAAGACAUGUUUUAUGGAGACUAAAGAAUGGAGAACUGGAGAAUAUUAAACCUAAGGUCAUUGUUGUCUGGGUAGGAACAAACAACCAUGAAAAUACAGCAGAGGAAGUAGCAGGUGGAAUCGAGGCCAUCGUACAACUUAUCAACACAAGGCAGCCACAGGCCAAAAUCAUUGUAUUGGGUUUGUUACCUCGAGGUGAGAAGCCCAACCCUUUGAGGCAAAAGAAUGCCAAGGUGAACCAGCUCCUCAAGGUUUCCCUGCCGAAGCUUGCCAAUGUUCAGCUCCUGGAUACAGAUGGGGGCUUCGUGCACUCGGACGGUGCCAUCUCCUGCCACGACAUGUUUGAUUUUCUGCAUCUCACAGGAGGGGGCUACGCAAAGAUCUGCAAACCCCUCCAUGAACUGAUCAUGCAAUUGUUGGAGGAAACACCUGAGGAAAAACAAACCACCAUUGCCUGACUGGCUCCCAUCAGUGUUAAUAGCGUCCCAGCUUCCUCAGAUCAGUUAUAUCACUGGCACUACAGAAUCCUUCUCUUUCUUAAGGCACUUUGCAUUGUAGAAUGUUCCUGGAUGUUCAUAUCUAGUGUUUGAAGGGGAGGAGGGAUUUUAACUGGUCCUGUACAUAGAAGGUUUGUUUGACACAGGAGAAAAAUUAGCCAAGGAAGAUGGUUGUUUAAAUUCAUUGGAAACCAGAACGGGACUUAUUAGUUAUAUGUGUGACACAUUCAUUGACUUAUCACUGUUUUUCCUAGGACAACAUCAAGCCUAAGUACUGAACAAAAUGAAGAUUCUUUCCUUGGCCUUUCUUUCUAUGGAUUAUGUCAUAUAUAAUAAUAAUUAGAAUAACACCUUCUUGGCUUUAAAACAGAUGUUUUUCCAGUUUUUAAAGUUCA